AUGGGCAACGUGAAUGUCAACGAGUGCAUGUGCGAGGUUGAUGACAGCAACGAGCUCUUCUUCGACGAGAUGGAUGCGGCGGCCGUGUGGAUCAACAUCUACGACCUGAAUCAAGACUGGCUCACUGCCAACAGCGUUGGGGCCAACGUUCUCCACGUGGGUGGUGCCUUCCACGCAGCAGUGGAAGUCUUCGGCCAAGAGUUCUCUUUUGGCAGUGAGGGGGGCAUCGUGAAGAGCGAGCCGCGAAAGCAUGACGUACACGUCUACCGCAACAGCGUGGGUCUGGGCGUGACGAAGAACUCGGAGGAGCAGGUGCUGCGCUUGGUGGAGGAGAUGCGAAAACGCUGGCAUGCCAGCGACUAUGACAUUCUCUACCACAACUGCUGCAGCUUUGCAGAUGAGUUUUGCAUGGAGCUCACUGGCAAGGGGCUGCCUGGAUGGGUUAACCGACUGCCCCGGCUUCUGUCGAACGUCGACGUAGAGCACGUGGUGUCGAAAGCCGUCUCACGUGCCAUGACCCGCGACCUGGACGGGGAGAAGUUCAUCUCCGAGAUCUCCAGGGAACAGAGCGUCGACACCCUGACCACCAUGGACUCGUCCUGUGGUAGGGGGAGGUCAAAGGAGGUUUGCAGAGCUUGA